AUGGGCCGGCCUCUCGACAACUACGACCACAUCGCCAUCGCCUCCAUCGCGAUAUGGUCCCUCUUCCUCAUCGGCGGCGUCUUCCUCUGCAUCAAGCACGGCUUCAAAAAGUCGAGCGGCUGGCGCUACCUCAUCAUCCUCUCCCUGGCCCGCAUCAUCGGGGACGCGCUGCGCCUGGCCACCAUCUCGGACCCGACCAACGAGGGCCUCUACAUCGGCUGGAUGACGCUCAACGGCCUCGGCCUCGGGCCCCUGAUACUCGUGCUCCUAGGCCUGCUCGACCGCGUCUUCGACUCCAUCAACCGCCAGGGCCACGUCGUCGUCAAGCCCCUGUACCAGCGCGUGCUCGGCGUCCUCAUGCUCGUCGGCAUCAUCCUGCUCAUCGUCGGCGGCACCCAGUCCGACUUCCACGUCGGCGCCGACGGCCGCCCCAGCAUCGACUACUCCGCCGCCAGCAAGGCCGGCACGGGCAUCUUCGUCGCCGCCACCGCCCUGCUGUGCCUCGAGGCCCUCCUCGCGUUCCGGAACCAGGGCUACGUCUCCCAGGGCGAGCACCGCAUCAUCCUCGGCGUCCUCGCCUCGCUGCCCUUUGUCGUCGCCCGCCUCGCCUACUCGUGCCUCUUGGUCUUUGGCGGCGUCUCCUCCUCUGUCUGGCUGUACCUGGGCCUGCUCGUCAUCAUGGAGAUGGUGGUCGUGCUCGUCUGCGAGGUGCUCGGCUUCACGCUUGACAAGGCGCCGCCGAUGCCGCCAAAGGACGACCAGGAGAUGCAGCUGCGCGAGCGGGAGUCGCGCUAG